CAAAUGACACGCACGGACGCGCGCGAGUGAAGAAAGAGUGCUCGCUCUUCUUUCAAGAAAAACAAAAUCAACGCUUAAAACCGUAAUUACACCGCAUAACCACAUCAACAUACAUGACACUUUAUUUCCACGUUCCCAACAGCUUACAUAAAUCGCCAAUAGAGAAACAGGGAUGGAUAUGAAAGAUCAUGGAGCGCAGAUGGAGCCGCUGCUUCCUGCGGUUCAGAGUCCUGCUAGAGAUAAUGGGAGGCAUGAUGAGGAAGCUGUGCUGGAUAGGGGUGGGACUCGAUCCAUGCUCAACACCAAUUUUGAGAAAGAGGAACUAGAAGGCCACCGUACCCUCUACAUUGGGGUGCAUGUACCUCUGGGUCGGAGGUCACACAGAAGGCAUCGUCACCACGGCCACCGCCACAGGAAGAGGUCACGGGAGAGAGACUCUGGAACCGAAGAUGGCAGGGAAUCUCCAUCUUUCACGGACACACCAUCUCAGCGUGUGCAGUUCCUGUUGGGUAUGGAGGAUGACGAGGAGCACAUUCCUCACGCGCUCUUUACCGAGCUGGAUGAGAUCAGCCUGAAAGAGGGAGAGGAUGCGGAGUGGAAAGAGACGGCCAGAUGGUUGAAGUUUGAAGAGGAUGUAGAGGAUGGAGGGGAGAGGUGGAGUAAGCCAUAUGUUGCUACUCUCUCCCUGCACAGCCUGUUUGAGCUGCGGAGCUGUAUACUCAAUGGCAACGUCAUGCUGGACAUGAGGGCUAGCUCACUGGAGGAGAUCGCAGAUAUGGUUCUGGACCAACACGAGAUGUCAGGUGUUUUGGGAGAGGAGGUGAGGAAAAAGAUCCGAAAUGCUCUUCUUAAACAGCACCACCAUCAGAACCAGAAGAAACUGGCCAACCGGAUCCCCAUCGUUCGCUCUUUUGCAGAUAUCGGCAAGAAGCAGUCUGAGCCGCACUCCAUGGACAAGAAUGUUAUUGUCAUGACCCAUCCACUUCCCAGUCCCUGCUCCUUUCUCUGGUCUAGGUUCAGACGAAUUGCGAGAGACAGUCAGGUGCUCUUAUGCCCAGCCUGGUCCCACUGCUGUCCCAAGUGUGUGUCCACUCACAAGAAAUCUCAUCCAUGCCCUUCUGCCCCCCCUGCCCCAGACAACUCACACUUCCGCCCCUCAAAAGCCCACAUCCCCUUCAGCAAGAGGCUCAGCCUGCCUUAUGGCUAUCACGAGAUCCCCAACCUUGACCCUGAAGAAGAGCCACCCUCAGGUCAGAUGGUGUCCCCUCAAGCUCAGCCCGCCAGUACAGAAGGACGUGGGGAAGGCAGUCGUGAGAACAGUGCUGUUGACUUCAGCAAGAUAGACCUCCAUUUCAUGAAGAAGAUCCCACCGGGGGCCGAGGCUUCCAACAUCCUGGUGGGUGAGCUGGAGUUUCUGGAGAAACCUGUGGUGGCCUUCAUCCGUCUGUCCCCUGCUGUGCUGCUCAACGGACUGGCAGAGGUUCCUAUCACAACCAGGUUUCUCUUUAUUCUGUUGGGGCCGAUGGGGAAGGGCCCUCAGUACCACGAGAUCGGACGCUCCAUCGCCACGCUCAUGACAGAUGAGGUGUUCCAUGACGUGGCUUAUAAAGCAAAGGAUCGCAUUGAUCUUGUGGCGGGAAUCGAUGAGUUUUUGGACCAGGUGACUGUGCUGCCCCCGGGCGAGUGGGAUCCUACUAUCAGAAUAGAGCCGCCCAAAAAUGUGCCCUCUCAGGAGAAGCGUAAGGUUCCUCCUCUGGCCAAUGGAGGGGCAGAUUUGGGGGAAGCCGAGGAGCAUGGUGGUCAUGGAGGACCAGAGCUACAGCGCACAGGGAUGUUAUUUGGUGGGCUUUGGUGGGACAUUAAGCGUAAGGCUCCUCACUACCUGUCAGAUUAUACAGAUGCCAUAAGUCUGCAGUGUCUGGCCUCUUUCCUCUUUCUCUACUGCGCCUGUAUGUCUCCUGUUAUCACCUUUGGAGGCCUGCUAGGAGAAGCUACAGAAGGACGCAUAAGUGCGAUAGAGUCUCUGUUUGGAGCAUCUAUGACAGGAAUAGCGUAUUCUUUGUUUUCUGGGCAGCCCCUAACAAUUCUGGGCAGCACAGGGCCAGUCUUGGUCUUUGAGAAAAUCCUCUACAAAUUUUGCAAAGAGUAUGGUUUGUCCUACCUCUCCUUGCGUGUGUGCAUCGGUCUGUGGACUGCCUUUUUGUGUCUGUUGCUUGUUGCCACAGACGCAAGUUCGCUGGUGUGUUACAUAACCAGAUUCACAGAGGAAGCCUUUGCUUCUCUCAUCUGCAUCAUAUUCAUCUAUGAAGCUCUGGAGAAACUCAUCCAUCUGGGAGAGACGUACCCUUUCAACACACACAACGACCUCAACAAAUUAACUCAGUACUCGUGUGUGUGCACAAUGCCCGAAGAACCCAGCAAUGCAACACUGCGGUACUGGGAGGACAAUAACAUCAGCGCAUCUCAGAUCGACUGGUUGAGCUUAGAUGUCAAGGGCUGUUUAGAGAACAAGGGUGAGUUUGUAGGCAGUGCAUGUGGUCAUCACGGUCCGUACAUCCCUGACGUUCUCUUCUGGUCUGUCGUGCUCUUCUUCUCAACGGUUGCAAUGUCCUCCUUCCUCAAGGAGUUCAAAACCAGCCACUACUUCCCCACUAAGGUGAGGGCAGUGAUAAGUGAUUUUGCGGUUUUCAUCACCAUCAUGACAAUGGUUUUGAUUGACUAUGCCCUUGGAAUCCCCUCCCCCAAACUACAGGUUCCUAACGAAUUUAAACCAACCAGAGAUGACCGUGGCUGGUUCAUCAGCCCUCUGGGGCCAAACCCAUGGUGGACCAUUAUUGUGACCUUCAUCCCAGCUCUCCUGUGCACCAUACUCAUCUUCAUGGACCAGCAGAUUACUGCCGUCAUCAUUAACAGGAAGGAACACAAGCUGAAGAAAGGCUGUGGGUACCAUUUGGAUCUGUUUGUGGUGGCUGUGAUGUUGGGCGUGUGCUCUUUGAUGGGCCUGCCGUGGUUUGUGGCCGCAACGGUUCUUUCGAUCUCUCACGUGAACAGCCUAAAGCUGGAGUCUGAAUGCUCAGCCCCUGGUGAACAGCCCAAGUUCUUGGGCAUCAGAGAACAGCGUUUCACUGGUCUCAUGAUAUUCCUGCUUAUGGGCUGCUCGGUAUUCAUGACCUCCGUACUAAAGAACAUCCCGAUGCCUGUGUUGUAUGGAGUUUUCCUCUACAUGGGUGCGUCAUCUCUCAGGGGCAUACAGUUCUUUGAUCGUCUGAAGCUGUUCGGGAUGCCAACAAAACACCAGCCAGAUUUUAUCUAUCUGAGACAUGUCCCCCUGAGAAAGGUCCAUAUGUUCACCACCAUCCAGUUCACUUGCCUGGUGCUUCUUUGGGUCAUCAAAACUUCCAGAGCCGCCAUUGUCUUUCCUAUGAUGGUUUUAGCACUGGUAUUCAUUCGUAAGCUGCUGGACUUUGUGUUUUCGAAGCGAGACCUCAGCUGGCUUGAUGACCUCAUGCCUGAGAGCAAGAAGAAAAAAAUGGAAGAUGCAGAGCAAGAGGAGAAUCAGUGCGUCUUAGUGGAGGAUGAAGGGAUUGUACAAGUGCCCCUAGAAGGGCAUUACAAGGAUGACCCAUCCACCGUCAACAUUUCAGAUGAAGUGACAAAGGCGUCUUUUGGAAAUGUCUGGAACAGCCUCACCACUGACAGCGGCAAAAAAGAUCAAAGCUCAAAAAGCUCAAAUGUUGAAGGUGCCAUGAAACAUGAGCAAGAUGACGAAGAGAAGACAGAUUUGGAUAGAGAGACGAGUUUGUGAGUUCACAUUUAAAAAACACUCUGUAUUGUGCCACACUUAAAGCACCAGUGUACGCAUCUGUUCUUUAGAUUGUGUGUGCCAGUCUGUGCUAAGGCAACAUUACAUGUUGUGUGUGUGUGUGUGUGUGUGUGUGUGUGUGUGUGUGUGUGUGUGUGUGUGUGUGUGUGUGUGUGUGUGUGUGCAUGCGUGCGUGCGUGUCCGUAUCUGAAUUUUCUGCCCACAAGGAGCUGUGGGAUUUUGUCUGUUUUCUAGUUUAAUGGUCCAAUGUAGUUUCACCUAUAGACAUAAAAAAGGGUUACUUUUGUUUUAACACAGUAGAGUGUAUUUUGUAUGUUUUAUAUUUUUUGACAGUAGAUCCUAUUGAAAAUCUUUGUCUUAUAGCCUGAUUAUAAUGUUUAUUAUAUAAAAUUCAUUCUUUUUUAUUAUGCAUCAAUGAUAAAUAUUCAUUUUCAGGUAUAGUAAAAAUAUCAUAAUACUCAUUAAAAAGCUAUUUCUAAUGGAAGAUACAAACAUACGGAAGCGUAUUGCAUUCACUUGAGAAAAAAAAAUCUACUCUGUUUUUCUGAAUUAACGACUUAAUUAUCUCAGAAUUACUAGAUCAUUUUUCAUGGAAAAAAGUUUUUGCUCUGUUUUUCUGAAUUAACGACUUAAUUAUCUCAAAAUUACGAGAUCAUUUUUCAUGGAAAAAAGUUUUUGCUCUGUUUUUCUGAAUUAACGACUUAAUUAUCUCAGAAUUACGAGAUAAUUUUUCAUGGAAAAAAAAGUUUUUGCUCUGUUUUUCUGAAUUAACGACUUCAUUAUCUCAGAAUUAUGAGAUAAUUUUUCAUUAAAAAAAAUAUUUUGUUCUGUUUUUCUGAAUUAAUGAGAUCCCUCAAAAUCCUGCCAGGGAGCUCUAUUUUAGCUGGAUUGCAUGGAAGUAAACAUGUCCCGCCUUUCAAGUUUAAUCCGGUUUUAUUUUACUUUGGGUCUGAGACAAUAUAUAGAGAUAUAUUUUAAACUUGGCCUUCAAUACAAAGACAUUACUGUCUAUGACAUUUGUAAUACUGUCAUGGCUGAGACAUGCUUUGAUCUUCCAAAGGACACUAAUUACACGAGAACUACCGGAAUUCUAGAACUACUAGAAUGGCCAUAGUGGUCAUUCUGACCGUUCAAACUAGACUGUACCAAAUGUCAUGUCAUAUUUACAUUCGAAACGUCUAUUGAGGUUUUAGAAUGAAGCUUCUAAUGUCUGUCGUCAUAUUAACUGUUAUCUAUCGUCAUAAACAGAGCAAAAACUUUUUUUUCCAUGAAAAAUGAUCUCGUAAUUCUGAGAUAAUUAAGUCGUUAAUUCAGAAAAACAGAGUAGAUUUUUUUUCUCAAGUGAAUGCAAUACGCUUCCGUACAAACCUAAUUAUAUCAAACAGAACUUAUCACAUCACGUUUGUUAAAUGUCUUUGUAAUUGUCAAAAUGUUCUCCACAUCACUUCAUAAGGUUCUUGAUGUUAACAUUUCCUACUUGCAAACUGUGACUAAUAUUUAUAAUGUACUUUUAUGAACAAUUUUUUUUAUUUUGUGAAUUUUAUUGUAAUAUUUCACUAAAACAAAUAUAUGAGCCAGGACUGUGCUCAUUUUAGCCUACAAAACAUUCUCUUGUACUUCUUCUCUAAUAAUUAUUAUUAUUUUUGUUGUUGAAAAUGAUUUCUAAAAAGCUUUAUCUCAUGUUUGAAUCAUUCUGUGUAGCACUUAACCAUGCAAAUAAUAGUAAAUAUAUAUUUUGUUAAAAUGCUUCAAACUGUAUAGUGCUGUUUUCACUAUGUUUCUGAGUGACAGGGCAUCUGUCUCCUCUACAAGACUCUUUUCCAAGCUGAGAACAGACCUCAUGACCCAAAUGAAAUGGUUAUAUAACUGCUGAUAAUACAAAAUUCAUACAAGAAAUGCAAUAAUAAUCCUUUUCAUAAGAGGGGCAUUAUACCAUGUACUUACCAGAAACAAAUCUGACGUUUAUCAUCAACACACGUACAUGCGAUUAUGUAUCUUGUCUAUGUGUAUAAUAUUAAAUAACAAAGUUAUUUAAUGUAUGGAUAGAUUUAAAUAUGUAUAGAGUGGGUGGAUGGGUGGGUGGGAUUAAUGUUUUCAUGUUAAUUAAUGUCAGUGUUAUUACAGUGUUUGUUGACAAAAUUAUACUUGCAUUUGACAGACACACAUCUGAUAUGUAUGCAGUCUGAAGUUUUGUUAAUACCACUGUAAAAUAAGCAUCAUUUCCUGAAAAAAACUUCUGUUGUUUAUUAAAUUAUUCAUUAAAAUGAACAUGUAUCGUUACAACUGUGAGACAUUUUUAUCAGAAUAAAUGUGACUGCAAAUAAACUGAAAAUG